AUGAAGUUUGCGGUUAUCAUCUGCCUAAUCCUGUGCCUUUGGGAAAUAGAAGUGGCAGCGAAAACGAGGACCUCAUGGAAGAAAAAGGAUAGGGGUAGAGGAGGAAAGUGGAAAAAAGGCUUAAUACCCGCAUUCAUAUACAAAGAUAACAGAGUCUACUGUAAUAGGACAUUGCGGCCGGAAGUGCAUGUUCAAUAUGUUCUAGCUGGUUGCAACAUUACGCUUGCACAUCCCAAUAGACCUAGAAGUCAAAGUUGGUUGCGUGCAGUGCUAUCACCAGAAGAAAAGAAGCAGGAAGACAUGCGGACGGAGGGAAAGGGAAAAUCGAAGUCGAAAAAAAAGAAGUUUACAAGCACAGAACAGCAGCAAACAAGCCGGCAACCAGUAAAGCGAGAGGUACUCAGAGAGGCUCUUAUGGAAUGUAACAGAUCUGAUAAAGCUGAUAACGAAACCCGCGCAACCGACAUCGCCAACAUGCACAAAUGGUACAAACAAAUGUGCUUUGGAUUUGCUCCAUUGAACAACGAGACCAUCUCAAGAAGAAAUGCCACGAUAACGACCCCAGGAGUCCUUCUCAUGACGAACGUCACGGUGGAAGAUUCUGGUAUAUACCAAGCACGAAGUGGACGCAGCUACAAAGAAUUCAAUCUACAAGUCGAGAAGCCACAUUUCAAGAUAAAGAUAGUGACCAAAAAGCAGGUCGAAAAAAUAUUAGUACCUAAGGCGGAAUGA